UGCAUGGCCGGGACUAUGCUGUCAUGGCCCAUGGGUAGGUAAAGCUACCUUGUCACACAUCUAUCUACUCGGUAUAAGUAUACCUAUGUGCACGAGGAGUCCCCAGUUGAUACCACUCGUGAAAGCACUCUUGUCUCAGCCAAAAUCAACAUCUCGCGAUGCGCUCAGUCUCCAAGCGCGCCCUGCUCUCCGCCUUCUUGGGCCUUCAAUUAGCAGCAGCAUCGCCCCUCCUACCCCGCAAUGGAACAUGCCAAAAGACUUCCGUGGUCGUCCUCGGCGCUGGCAUGGCCGGGAUCACAGCUGCCCAAGCUCUAUCAAAUGCCUCAAUGACUGAUUUCCUCAUUGUGGACGUCAAUUCUUAUGUUGGGGGUCGAGUCGCACAUACGACAUUCGGCAAGGACCCCUACGGUAACCCGUAUACCGUUGAGCUUGGUGCCAACUGGGUGCAAGGUCUGGGGACUCCUGGAGGUCCGGAAAAUCCAAUUUGGACCCUGGCAAAGAAGUACAAUCUGACGAACACGUACUCGGAUUAUUCUUCUAUCCUUACGUACAACGAAAACGGAGCUCUAAACUAUAGCUAUCUCUUGGAUGAUUUUGAAAACGCUUACUCCCUAGUGGAGGAAGACGCUGGGAUGAUAUUGUCUCAGGAUUACCAGGACCAUUCAUUCAGAACUGGGCUCUCACUUGCAGACUGGAAGCCGAAGAAGAACAUGCUUCAACAAGCGGCCGAAUGGUGGGAAUUUGAUUGGGAGUACAGCUACAGUCCCGACCUAAGUUCUGAGACGUGGGCAAUAGUUAAUUACAACACUACAUUCUACCAAUUCAGUGACGCCAACAACUACGUCUUUGAUUCACGCGGUUUCAAUACCAUCAUCCAAGGGGAAGCCUCUACCUUCCUCAAGCCAAACGAUACCCGCCUCAUGUUGAACACCAACGUGACAGCAAUUGACUAUUCGGCUAAGGACUCGGUGACGGUCACGAUGAGUGACGGAAGCUGCAUAACCGCGACCUAUGCAAUCUGCACGUUCAGUCUCGGGGUCCUCCAGAACGACGUCGUCGAGUUCACUCCCGCCUUCCCCUACUGGAAACAGGAAGGAAUCGAAGGGAUGCAAAUGGGAACCUACACCAAAAUCUUCCUGCAGUUUCCACCCGAUCAGCAGUUCUGGGAUGCUGAUACCCAAUUCUUCCUCUACGCAGACCCCAUUGAACGCGGAUGGUAUCCCGUAUGGCAAUCGUUGUCUGGGCCAGGAUUUUUGCCGGGAUCGGGAAUCCUCUUUGUGACCGUGGUGUAUUCACAGAGCUAUCGGGCGGAAGCUCAGUCCGAUGAGGUGACGAAGGCCGAGGUUAUGGAAGUAUUGAGAAAGAUGUUUGGAGACGAUAUCCCGGAUCCAAUCGACUUCAUGUACCCGCGGUGGAGCACUGAGCCCUGGGCCUAUGGAAGCUACUCGAACUGGCCCACUGGACUGAGUAUCGAGACGCACCAGAAUCUCCGAGCAAAUCUGGGACAUUUGUAUUUUGCGGGCGAAGCCACGAGUGCAGAAUAUUAUGGCUUCCUGCAGGGUGCCUAUUAUGAAGGACAAUAUGUUGGGACGAAGCUUGCGGAAUGUAUCAAGGGUAAUAAUACUGCUUGUAAAGACGAGGCAUCUUAUGAUGUGAUACGUGGCUGCACAACGAGCUCGAAGAAUCUCUCUCCUGAGAAUGGUUGGGAUGUGACAAGCUUCCAGACUUGGGGCUUCUAAUGGCAUUUGUGAAGGCCAGCUUAACAAAAGGAUAUCCUAACUCCCGAAUACUCCAUCA